AGAAUAUACCGGUAUAAUUUUUUUUUUUAUUGUGAUUUUCAAUGCCAAAUUACAUGGCUAAAAUAGAAUCCUAACCAACACGGACUCCCCACGACAUUUAUAGGACAUCAACCACUGAUCUCCGCCUUCCAAUGUUUUCUAAACAAACUCAUACCCAACAUUUCUUGACUUCAUCUCCACAAAAAAAUGCCAACCAUUUCCCUUUCUUUGCCUUCUCUUCUUAACUCUCCCAUUUCCUUAUAUUUCCUCCCCAACACAAACACAAACACCAAUCAAAGCAUCAAUACCUCCGAGAGCUCACCCAAGCCCCCAUCAUCUCCCUCUUUGUCGUCACCGCCUCAACCAUCACAACCACUAAAAACGCCAUCCAAGAAGCCAAUGGACGUGGUGGAGCUAAGGCGGGUGUUCGACAUGUUCGACCAAAACGGAGAUGGGAGAAUAACAAUGGGAGAGCUACGUGGUUCCCUUACUAAUAUGGGUAUCUUCAUUCCUGAUAAAGAUCUCACCACCAUGAUCAAUGGUAUUGACAUCAAUGGUGAUGGUUGUGUGGAUGGAGAUGAGUUUCAAGCCUUAUAUACUCUCAUAAUGGAACGAGAAGAUGAUGAACAAGAUGAUGAAGAAGAUAUGAAGGAGGCUUUUAAUGUAUUUGAUAAAAAUGGUGAUGGGUUCAUCUCUGUUGAUGAGCUUGGUUCUGUUCUUGGUUCACUUGGACUUCAUCAAGGAAGAAAUUUAGAGGAUUGUAAGCUUAUGAUUACAAAAGUUGAUGUGGAUGGAGAUGGGAUGGUUAGUUUUAAGGAGUUUAAGAAGAUGAUGAAGAAUGGUGGUUUAGCUAAUUUGAAUUAAUGAACUUAAUCAGUUAGUUAAUUAAUUUUUUUUAUUCUUUGUUUGUGGGGCCGGGGAUGAGAAAUGAGGUGUAAAUAUUGUUGUAUCUUUGUUAAUUUAUUGUCAAUUUGGGGUGUUUAUUAAAUCAUGAGCUAGCUCAUCGCCUUGCAUGUGUCAAGGUUACGGUCGAUCAGAUCUGUUACGGUUUCUAAGUGUUGUGUUUGGAAUCAUAAGAUGAUAUAUGACGAUGAAGGUGUUGAUGGUUUGAGAAUUGGAGUUAGCUAUGGAUGAUUGUUAUAGUAGAGGGAAAUUUAAUUAUCUUCUCUAACUAUUAUUAGAUGGUAAUGUAAGGCAUGCAUGCAUAAAGAUAAAACGACGACGUUUGCUAGCUCAAUUCCUUUGAGAUAAAGGAUCUUUGAAGAACUUUUUCAUUUAUUUGAAGCAAACAUAUAUUGCAUGAGUUUAAGAGGAAAAAGCUGAUUAACAAGCUAAGGUGUUUAUUAUUCUUUGUAUUUACUAUUACACUAUGAGUUGUAUGUCAAACUAGCCAUAGGCCCAAGAAGAGAUGCAUGUGGAUAGGAAUAAUAUUAGAAAUUGGUUUUGUUCUUUAAUACCUUUGAUGUUUAGAAUUGUUUGACAAGUUUUUUACAAGGAAUAACAAUUAUGUUUCUUCAUUAAUUUCAACCUUGCCUAUUU